UAACACCAAAAAUGUAUUCUAACUUGCUAUUGUUUUUAAAAGCUUAUACGUUGUCAUUUGAUGGUUCCAAAUGAGCAUUAUGUGUGAAAAUGUGUAGAGGCGAGUUUCUGUGAAUUUACCAAAGUAAUACAAUAACAACUAUCUGCACUGAACCUAAUACCGCGUUUGUAGAACAAAAUCUUUGUACCUGUUGUAUUUUUAUUUUUUACUUGGUCAACUGCAAGAUAGUUUAACAAUACUUUAGAACUGUCAGGAGAAAUGCAACUUGGCAAGAUUGGAAAUGGAAAAGAAAUAAUAUCUAAAAGUGCAAUCUCAUUUGAUCCAUCGCGACCUUUAGACAAUUACUUUUACUCAUCCAUCAAUACUUUAACUCUUGAAAGUAUAUCAAAGGUGUUUGAAUUUGAAAUUUCACUUCCUCAAGUUAUAAUAGAGUCAGGAUUCCCUGAAGGAUUAGUUGCAGGUUUUAGCACAAAUCCUAAAGGUACAAAAAUCGAACAUUUAAAAGUUACGAUACCUGCGGGCUUCAUGCUCAAAGGUUUGAUCAAUAUACUUGGUUACAAAAUCAAAUGCGACAUUGUUGUUGAUUUUCCGAAGUUGAUUCAAGUGGAUGCUGAGUUGUCACCCAUUAAAAUUGGAAAAGGUUUGAUCGCAGUUAGCAAGAGUAAGAAUGAUCUGGAAAAUGGACCAAAAGUAUUUGUUAAAAUAUCCAAAGAAGAAGUAGCUGUCAAAAUUCAAGGUUAUGUAUCCUUACUCGGUCUUGGAGCUGAAGUCUUGAUAGAUGUAUCAAACAAAGGAUUUUAUUUCUAUGUCUAUGGAAACAUAUUCAAUCUUAUUGAAGCUAAUGUUACAGUCAAUGCGCCUUAUGGUAGUUUGGCGGAAACAGGAUUUUCGGUUUCAUCUUGCAUUUCGGCGUCAGUUGGAGAAGUAACCAGUGAAACAACAAAUACCAUUACUACGGCAGCUGAUGAAACAGAGGAAGCACUUUCAGGCCAAAAAGAAACUGCAAACAGUUCUGCUUCUUGGUUUGAAAAAGCCACAGAACGUCUGCAAAAAUGGAUAGACAAGCUGGAAGAAAAGCAGAGUAUUGUACAACGUAAGUCGGGAAAGUUGGACAAAAUUGAGGACGUUUUGGAUGGUAAAUGCGUUGACCAGUGUGACGAUGCUGAGAAUGGCUUAUCCCGAUCGCAACUUUGA